UUUUUUUUGUUUUUCAAUAAAAGAAUUUUAUUAAGCAAUCAUUUUGUGCAUUGGGGAAAAAAAUCUGAAAGUGGUGGCUAUGCCGCGGAGUAUAUCGAGGUCGCCGUCGUACUCGAGGAGGCGGUAUUCCCGUUCCCGAUCACCGGCAGCUGUCAGUCACCGCCACUCCACGCGCCGCACCACGCGCCGGGAGCGCACCCGUUCACCCCACAGCAGGCGAAGAAGUCGUUCUCCAAAUUCGAGGCGUCGGAAGAGUCGUUCCAAGACUCCAAAACGUCAUAGAAAACGGAGAAGCCGAAGUUCAUCUUCCUCCCCUUCACCAAAAUCCCGUAGUCCCAGCACAACGCCGGCUGAUUUGAAGAUUGCCAGCGAAAAAUUGAAAAGGGAAGAAGAAGAAAAGAAACGAUUACAGCAUGAGGCAGAACUUAAACAGUUAGAAGAAGAGACUGCAAGGAGAUUGGAGGAGGAAAUACGGAGAAGGGUUGAGGAGAAACUCGGUUCGGAAGAAGUUAGGUUAGAGAUCGAAAGACAAGUAGAAGAAGCUCAGAAGAAGCUGUUUGAUGAUGUUGAAGCGCAGCUCAAGAAGGAAAAGGAAGCUGCUCUUGCUGAAGCAAGGCGAAAAGAAGAGCAAGCUCGAAAGGAGAGAGAAGAACUCGAUAAGAUGCUCGAAGAGAACCAAAGGAGGGUAGAAGAAGCCCAGAGAAGAGAAGCUCUGGAGCUUCAGCGCAAAGAGGAAGAAAGACUGCGCGAGUUGGAAUUGAUCCAAAGACAAAAGGAAGAGGCUGCUCGAAGGAGACGAGAAGAGGAGGAAGAACGUGCAAGUCAGGUUUUAUCCGGUAAGAACAAACCUCGUCAAAAAAUGAUUGGUCUGUAGAGGAUAGAGUUCAAAUAUGACUCGUAUAUUUGUCUCUUUAAAGCCUAACAUAUUUAUGUCUGUUUAUUUGCGAGUGACAAAAAAAUUACGUAUUCUGUUUAGUAUUUAGACAACGAAAAAACUGAUGUUUUCGAAUCAUUAAUAUGGAGGAAGUAGGAAUCGAACCCGACCGGCGUUUAAGGUUAUAAAUGAUGAAUUUGAUCAAA